AUGAAAGCAUUGAGCGAUGGCAUAUUUGUUGCUAGCUUAAAAGAAGAAAUUGUUACUAGCCCAAAACAAGUGCUUGAAUUUAUGGAUUUUGGUGAAGGUAAUUACUUUCUAGUGGAUUUGUUGCUGUUGAGAUUCCAUUUUACUCAUCGUGCAAAGCGUGUUCUUGAACUAUCCCUAGAGGAGGCCCGACAACUAGGUCAUAAUUAUAUUGGAUCAGAGCACUUACUUCUUGGUUUGCUUCGUGAAGGUGAAGGUGUAGCAGCUCGUGUUCUUGAGAAUUUAGGUGCUGACCCAAAUAACAUUCGCACACAGGCAAGUGUGGUUAUUAGAAUGGUUGGGGAGAGUGCAGAAGCUGUGGGUGCUGGAGUUGGUGGUGGGAGCUCUGGAAACAAGAUGCCAACCGUAGAGGAAUAUGGUACCAAUUUGACAAAGCUAGCAGAAGAGGUGAUUACUCUAGACAUGGGUCUACUUGUUGCUGGGACAAAGUAUGGUGGAGAGUUUGAGGAGAGAUUGAAGAAGCUGAUGGAAGAAAUCAAACAAAGUGAUGAAAGUAUACUAUUUAUUGAUGAGGUCCAUACUUUAAUUAGAGCAGGAGCUGCAGAGGGGGCUAUUGAUGCUGCUAACAUCUUGAAUCCAGCUCUUGCUAGAGGUGAAUUGCAGGCAAGUGAAAUCUAA